AUGUGGUUGUCUCAUCCAAGUUUCAUGCAGAUGGUUGAAUAUAGUUGGAAUAUACAACUUAAUAUUGCGCCUCCUUUUUUGUUCACGGCCAAAUUAAAGAGGUUGAAAGAGGUGUUGAAUAUUUGGAAUAGAACUGUUUUUGGUGAAGUUCAAUUUCAUUUGAAACAAGCUGAAUUAAAACUUGAAACCGAGAACGAUCUUUUGGAUUUUGAUCAUGGUAGUGAGUUGCAGUUUGUGAAGGUUGCGGAUGCUCAGAAAGCUGUUGAUGAUGUGAGAAAGGAGUUGGCAGUUAUGCUUAAGAUGAAUUCGCGUGAUGAGAUAAAGGACUACAUUGUAAAUCAUUAUCAAGCAAAAUUCAAUGGUGGUGACGUUAAUAUUCAUCCAAGGCUGUUUGAUAUUGAGCAUGAGAGCAUAAGUGCCGUCGAAAGUGCUUUCAUGGAUGCUAUUCCGACCUUGGAGGAGGUUAAAGAGGUUGUUUUUGAUUUAGGAGCGGACUUUGCGCCUGGUCUAGAUGGCUUUACAGUUCUCAUUCCUAAAAAGAACAAGUCUGAUGCUAUCAAGGAUUAUAGGCCAAUUGGUUUGAGUAAUUUUUUCUUCAAAAUCAUCACUAAGAUUUUGGCUACCAGGCUAGGUACGAUGCUUAAUAAGUUGAUUUCUGAAGAGCAAGUUGCUUUUAUGAAAGGAAGGAAUAUUCAUGAAAAUAUAACUUUGGCAUCUGAGUUGGUCAAUGAGAUUGGCACGGAAAGGAAACAUGGUAAUGUUGGCCUCAAACUGGAUAUUACGCAAGCUUUUGAUACGGUGAGUUGGGAGUUCAUCACUGAAGUUUUUAGUCAAUAUGGUUUUUCCAAAAAUUGGUGUUCAUGGAUCCUUAAUAUUCUGAAUUCGGCUCGGAUUUCUGUGAUGAUAAAUGGCAGUCAUGAAGGUUUCUUUAGCAUCUCUAGAGGCUUGCGCCAAGGUGAUCCUCUUCCACCUUUGAUUUUUGUCCUUAUUGAAGAUGUUUUAAGCCGCAAUCUCUCUAAACUUUUUGCAAGGCGAAGUAUGCACUCUAUGGUUAGCAAGAAAGGUGUGUCCCCUACGCAUCUAUUAUUUGCAGACGAUAUUCUUAUUUUCUACAGAGGUAAUCUUCAUAGUUUACAAAAUUUGAAGGAUAUGUUGGGAAUGUACCAAUGUUCUUCUGGCCAAUAUGUAAGUUAUGCCAAAAGCAAGUUUUAUUAUGGAGGUGGCACUGGCUCUCGUGCUAUUUCUAUAGGUAACAAUUUGAGAAUGGAAAGAUCCUUUUUUCCGGAUAAAUACUUUGGAAUUCAAUUGAAUCCUGGUGUUGUUCGUCACAUUCAUGUUCGUCAAGUGGUGGAGAAAAUUAUGGACAAGUUGGCCGGCUGGAAAGGUAAGCUUUUAUACUUUCAGGCAAGACUUGUUUUGAUUAGAUCAGCAAUUUCUAGCUAUGUUCUUCAUUCCAUGGACAUCUACAAGUGGCCAUGCACGGUUAUUAAGCAGGUUGAGAGGGUCAUUAGAAAUUUUAUGUGGUCGGGUGAUGCUGAGAAACUAAAGGAUCAGUUGGUUUACAACUUUGUGCAAAAGCACACUCGGUUAAUUAUAGGUAAUGGUGCUAAUAAUUUCUUAUCUUUUGAUAAUUGGUGUGGGGAUUUUUCUAUUGCGAAGCGCCUUGGAAUUUUUUCCAAAGGGCCAAAUGAUUUCACAGCAAAGGUGAGUGAUAUUAUUGUUGAUGGUGCUUGGGCCAUACCUCCUCGCUUGAGAGAUUUGAUGAUUCGCUGUAAUAUUGAUAUUAAAAAUCUACCUCUUAUUGAUGGUGGAGAUGAUUACAAAAUCUGGGAUUUGGAUAACAAGGGCGUUUUUUCAGUCAAGUCUGCAAAGGCUGCUACUAAGGCGGCCGCUGAAGUUUUACCUAUUGCAUCUUUGUUCACUAGAGAAAUUAAUUUUUCAGCAGAUGCUUUGGCCAAACAAGCAUAUUUGUUGGCUGAAGAUAUUUUUGAGUUUUAUGAGGGUAGGCCAGGCUUUAUUCUAUCUGUAGAGUGGCCUGGAGAGCCUGGUUCACUGGAUAGUGAUGCUGCAAUGUACACCCUAUCUUAUGACAAAACUAGCUCAACACUUGGUAUGAGUGAGGCUGACAAGAUUGAUUAA